AUGGGGCCAAUGAAAUAUAAGUCAGGUGUGUCCUCGGUGUCCUGUGGUCUGCAAUAUCACCAUUUGUUGAUAAAGUGGAGUCCAAAAAUGAAUUUACACAUAGUGCGGACUUACUGCUCAUCAGCACCUAAGAAGCCAGAAGCCAAGUCUGCGAUAGAAAUGGCCAUGGGUCUUCUUAAUCGGCUGACAGAAGCUGGGACUGUUAUGGGAAAAACCUCUCUUCAAAAAAUGUCUGCAACAUGCAAGAGUUGGUGGGACAGAUAUGAAGAGUUUGUUGGAAUUAAUGAAGUUCGAGAGGCUCAGGGAAAAGUGACAGAGGCUGAAAAUGUCUUUAUGAUAGCUCGAGGGAUAGUACGAGAGGCUCGUGAAAAUGUAGAAGCCCAACAGAUUAAACUGAAGGAUAUUCGAGACCGCUUAGACAGGGUCUCUCGGGAUGACACCCAGUAUUUAGAACUGGCUACUCUGGAACACAGGUUGCUGCAG